AUGGCAAUGCGCAACCCCGUCCUCCGAGGCCUAUCCUCCUCUCGAAUCCUCCAGACAGCCAGCAUAUCCCGACAAAGUAUUCGCCCUCUCUCUCAAAAGGUGGUUCCCUCAGUCCCAUCGCCGACCCCAUUCGUCCCCGACGUCCCAACCUUCCUCACCCUAAUCGGCCGCCAAAUGUCCAAACACUCAAGCAAAAUCACCUCAUGGGAACAACUCUUCGCCUCCAGCUCCGACCAGCUCCGCAGCCUCGGAAUCGAAAACUCCCGACAGCGCAGAUACCUCAUCCGCAAGCGCGAGAAGUUCCGCAACGGCCUCCACGGACCGGGCGGAGACCUUGAACACGUCGUGGACGGCGUCGCCCAAUUGCGCGUGGUGGAGAUCCCCGUACCAGCAGCAGCAAAUGCCUCCAAGACCGGCGUAGUCCGUUCCUCCGCCCCAAUCGUCCCAAAGACAAAGAAGGUUGUCGUGAACCUCACCCCCGACGCAACGGAAUACACGCACGUCGUCACCAAAGCCCUGAAGAAAUUCGCACACAUGAAGGUCCAGCGCGGCAAUAAGAUCAUGGGUCCCUUCCUGCAGCCGAUGAAAGGGACGCACGGUACUGCUGCGACUAUCAGCGUUCAGGAGGGUAUGUGGGAAGAUAAGCGUGGUCACAAGGUUGACGGUGGUGAGCGACGACAGAAGGAGGUCCGGGCGAAGCUGAGACUUGAGGAGCGGAGAAAGGCAUGA